GUUGCCGCUUCUCUCAUGCUGGAUCGGGAGCUGUCCAUGCUGCGGUUGAGCGAGAAUGAACCUGUGCAGCCCGUACUGGACAAGAUGAGGGAACUCUACGCGAAAUUGGCGAUUGCGGCAUCACGUACCCAGAGCAGACAAGUGUCUCAAGAUGCUCAGCCUGCUGCCGGAGUCUUGGCUGCAAUUUAUAAGCGGACUCAGCUUGCCACAAAACCAAAGUCAAUGGACAUUGGAGUGGAUUCGCACCAAGAUUCUGGAAGAAGAUUUUCGUCGCUAUACACUGCGCGGAGGUGAUGACAGCACCAGCGGCUAUGCCAUGCAAGGGACAUGGAGGGAUCGAGGGCGUGGCAAUCGCGGUCGCUCUUACUA